AUGGGCAAGACUCUAGGCCUCGUAAGAGCCUACUAUACAGUUGCCCUGGCCUGUACUGGCUCGUUUCUCUUUGCCUACGAUACCGGGAUUAUCGGGGGUGUCCUCACCCUUAAAUCAUUUCAAAACUCGUUUCGAUACACCGCGAAGCAAAAGUCGACGAUAAAUUCCAAUUCCAAUAGUCUCUUACAGGCCGGUGCCUUUUUUGCUUGUUUUUUCGUCUGGCCAUUUACUGCCAGGUUUGGUCGACGAUGGUCUAUCGUGCUUGCUUCUGCAAUUUUCUGCGUCGGGGCCAUCAUUCAAGUUACCCCCACCCAUUCUGUAGCCGCGUUCUACGUCGCACGCGUGGUUAGUGGGAUUGGCGUCGGAAUGGCGACAGUUAUUGUUCCCAUGUACACCUCUGAGAUGGCCCCCAGGUCCAUCCGUGGAAGGUUGGGAAGUUUCUUCCAAGGCUUCUUCGUCCUGGGAGUUUUUUUCUCGUACUGGAUUGACUAUGCGGUGGAGAAACACAUCCCUUCGACUAGUGAUAACCAGUGGCAGAUCCCCAUUGGGUUGCAGUUAAUACCAGGUGGUGUCCUGGGGUUUGGCAUUCUGUUCUUGAAAGAAAGUGUGCGGUGGCUGGCUAAGAAGGGACGGCACGAGGAGGCUAUGCAGUCGUUGGUGUGGAUUAGAGGAGGGGAGACUGACGAAGUUCGAGCAGAAAUGAUGGAAAUCCUAGAAGGUAUAGAGGCCGAAAACCUAGCGACAGAGGGUGUAACAUGGCAGGAAAUCCUGAGAGUGCCCGCCAAUUUACAUCGUAUGUGUAUCGCAAUCACAAUCCAAAUAGAUGCACCUCAGAUAUUCCAGGCAGUUGGUGCUGGCGACAAUAGCUUGUUUGUGAGUGGCUUCUUCGGAGUCGCAAAAGUCAUAUCCUGCUGGUUCUUCCUUCUGUUCCUCGUGGAGCGCAUUGGCCGGCGAUGGUCGCUUAUUAUUGGUGCCUUUCUCAUGGGCUCACUGAUGCUGAUUGUCGGGAUCCUGUCGAAAUUAUUCCCCCCCGAACCAGACGCCGCCAGCAUCAGCCCUGCUGGUAUUGCAUCUAUCCUGAUGGUGUACUUGGAGGCCAUGUGCUAUAACAUGUCCUGGGGUCCAGUUCCAUGGCUAUAUAUGAGUGAGAUCUUCCCCACUCGGAUACGUGAGCCCGGAAUUGCAGUCGGCACAGCAACGCAAUGGCUAUUCAACUUUGUAUUCUCGCAAGCCACUCCACAUGCUCUUGAUAGUAUGGGAUGGGGUAUGUUUCUUAUGUUUUGCGUCUUCAAUUGGAUUCUGGUGUUGUAUGCCUGGUUUUUUAUCAAGGAAACCACGGGCAAGUCCUUGGAGGAGAUGGAAGAAGUUAACCUGCUGAUUAUAUUCUACAGUUUUCAAUUCAAGCGUGGGCAUUGCCACAAAGAGGCACGACGAGACCAACCGCUCCAGGAUAAGCAGUGAAUAGACUCUGGAUUGGAAACCCCGGGAGAUGUAUACUUGAACAUUUCUUCAAGAGAAAUACUAAUGAUAGAUCGACCUAACACCAAUUUGGCAAGUCUUUCAACGUUGGGUUGUCAGAUUUCUCGAGCACCUGUUGGCAAUAUCAAGUGAUUGAUAUCAAUUAACCAAAGAUGGC